AAGAACUCCUCCUCGGUCCCGUCGUGGUUAAGGAUCUUUCUCUUCAUUAUUCAUCUUAUAAGUAAUCAAAUUCUUCUAACUUUGUCAGCAAUUCCCACCUUCCUGGUAUCUGGGCUUUGUUCUUCUACAAGGCGCCCGGGUUGUGUAUCUUCAAAUUUACCGGAAUUUGAAGAGGAACUAUGCCGGAUACCACCGACGGCCAGGAGAAACCCACGAUCCCCACCCCCGCGAUAGAAACUUCCGGGACGGGAGAUGUGGAGAACCCCGCCCCUGCGGCGGUUGGCGCCGGGGUAUCGAAUAUCAUUGGACGGUGGAGGAGGGAGGAUUUACGCAGGAAAUUGUCCUUGGGACUGCGUGGUGUUGGGUUGGUUUGCUCAUUGCUUUCUUUCAUUAUCAUGGCUAGCAAUCAGCAUGGUGAUGGCAAAAGUUUUGAUGAAUACGAAGAGUACAGGUAUGUGUUGGCAAUCGCAAUUCUGUCAUCCUUGUAUACAGGAUUACAGGUGUUUAGGCAGGUUCAUGAACUGUCGACUGGAAGAGAAGCCUUCUCUUCGCGGCGCCAAAACGUGGCGAUAUACGAUUUCUUUGGCGAUCAGGUUGUCGCAUACCUGCUCAUAUCAGCGGCAUCAUCUGCAGUACCUCUGACGGACCGUUUGAGAGAAAGUGCAGAUAACAUAUUCACGGACUCUUCUGCUUCUGCAAUCAGCAUGGAGUUCUUGGCUUUCUUCGCUCUGGCCCUUUCUGCUCUCAUCUCUGGAUAUAAACUUGCUAACCAAACCUACAUCUGAUCACACCUAUUUUCUUGAAAUGAUUUCUUACAAUUUCUAUGGUUUCCUUUUGGCAUUUUCUUUAUACAUGUCACAUGUAAAUCUAUGUAUAGGACAGAACAAGAUUCAUUUCAUUGCAAUAUUCUCUCUUUCUAACUGCGUAGAAAAGAGUUACUACAUUUUGCCAAUGUACGGAGACUGCAAAGAGUAAUUUGUGAAGUCAAAUUUAGAUUCAUUUUUUGUGUUCA